AAUAGUUUUGUUAGUUGUGUUGGUUGUGAGAGUGUUGUUCGUUGUCCCAUGUUGUGUAUUUGAGAAAGGCGACGAACGGAAUCAUCGUGAGCUCGUGGUUCUCAUGGUGUCGCUGUUGUACAUCAGCAUGUGUAAGUUAUAUAUAUGUACAUAAGUGUGUCUAAUACCAAGUACAGAUUGUGUGUACAAUACACAAGUGGAUAUACAUGUAGUGUAUAACUAUACACUGUUAGUGCUUCUGACAAUGAGCCGCCACGGUGACUGUGAUAAGUGAACCUCCGCCGCGUAAACCUCUCGCCUGCUGCUGGUUGCUGCAACAAAAACGCAGUGGAGAUAAAUAAAUAAAUAAAUAAUUUAUUUUUAUUUACAAUAAUAAGUAACUAUUAUUAUUUUACUAAAUAAACCAGGGGCGGUUACGAGUUAACGCAUUAAUGACUCGUUAUUAAUAAUAAAUAGUCGUGAGGUGGACCGCAAACAACACCAGACCUUAUUUUAUUAUAAUUAUGUUCAAUGUACCGCCCAAGUUCUACGAGCUGUGUCGUCUUUGUUUAUCGUCGGACGGUGUCAAGUUGCCCAUAUUCGAGGAUGAAGGCGCCCAGCGUAAUUUUGCAGAUAAAAUAUUGGCGUGUUUGUCGAUAGCGGUAAAAGAUGGAGACUCAUUACCACCAAUCAUCUGUCACAGAUGUGUUUACAAAUUGGAUGUUUUACACAAUUUUCGUGAGGUAUCACGAAAAUCCGACGUUAUACUCAAACAGUACCUGGAUUAUGCCAAGCAAUUGUCAUCACCUGACAAUGAGGAUAAGUCUAUUUCCACUGCCAAAAUAGCCGAUUUGAGUCCUCUACAAUCGUUUUUACAAUUAAAUAAAACUCUGUUCAGUGAUGAGCCAAAUUCACCCGCCAGCAUUAAUCAAAAUGUGAUACCUCAAACACAGACACACUACUUAGAAUUGCGGGCUAACGAAAUGUUGAAGCAGGAAAGUAACGUUAAAUGUGAGCCAGAAGACGAUACCUAUUCGAAUAGCUCGGAUCCAGACAGACUGGAGAUCGAGGACCGCGAGGACCAUGAAACAGACGGUGAAGAAAAUGGCUAUGAUAUGACUGUGAGAAAACGAAUUAGAGUGGAUAGCAUUAAUAACGAAAGUAGUUCGAAACGAAGUUCACCAAAUCAAAGCCCAGUUAAUAGGAUGGACACGCCUGAGAGUAAUUGUUCGGAUACAAACAUAGAUCAGGAAACAACAAAAUUAUGGCAAGCAUUAGCAAACAAUCGAAAUCUGGAAAUAACACGGAGUAAUGGUGACAAAGUCAAUAAUGGUUUCACUGGUGAAGCGACAAAUUUACUACGUUCUCUUAUCAACAAUCGACAGAUUGGUAUCACCGCCGUAGAUACAGGUAGAAUAUCACCACAAGUAAGGUUUUACCGAGAUACCCAAGGGACGACAAUUGAACGAACCGAUUGUUCAAUACGUGGAACUCGUCCUAUGCAGUCUCUCGAGAACAAAAGUGCAUCUAUGGACAGUAAUCCAUCCAGUCCGGCGAGUGUCGGGCGCAAAGAGACAAAGGGCAGACGGAAACAAAGUUACCCGAGCAAAGCACCGACAAGUCCUGAUGUUCUGAGUUAUCAUCAUGAAUCCGAAGAACAAGCCCAGGAUUUUACCUCAUGGAAUAAGAUAACUGAUAAGAUCGAUGAGCAACGUCAGUCGUUUGAUCAACAAGCCAGUAAUAUGACUAAAAAAGUCGACAUGUCGUGUACAAAUUGUGGCACCAUGACGACGACAAUUUGGCGGCGUAACAUGAAGGGUGAAAUGGUUUGCAAUGCCUGUGGACUUUACUACAAACUUCAUGGUGUAAACAGACCUGUAACCAUGCGAAGGGACACAAUACAUACACGUAGACGUAGACCCAAAGGCGAAAAACCCACAAGGCAUCGAAAAAAAGAAGCAGUUGUACCUGCGUCACAAUCGGAACAAAUGGAUGCUGAGAGUGCUGACAUGCUGGCAGCGUUACGCCGACAAAUUCAGCCGCAUUUGAUGAUGGCGGCAUUGACACCGCAAAAUUUAUCGGGUACACAUCCACCAGUUUCAGCAGGAGCUCAACUAAAUUACCCUCUACCAUUAUCAUCUUAUAUGAUGCACGUGAGUACGCCGCACAUGUAUUCCGUAGAUCUAGUUAGUCGUGUGACACGUGAUGGAAUUACUGGCGGUGGUAUGAAAGCAAGUGACGUCAUAAACUUUGCACAGCAUAUGAAAACGGAGCCGAGAGAACGUAGUAGUACGUCGGAUGACGCUGACGAUGGUGACGAGGAUAAUGUUUCGGACGUACCAUUAAAUCUUGUGGCAACUUCACUCUCGGAAGAGGCACACUGAUAACAACAACAACAAAAAGAAAAGAAAAAAAAAAGCAACACCACCAAUUUGUCAACAGCAGUUUAUUUACAACAAUUACGCUGGUAUACUCACUACCAUUUAUUAUUAUUGUUAUUAUUAUCAUUAUUAGUGAUAAUAAAUGAUUUUAUGAAUGAAGAAUCUUACCCUCAAGAGGAUUAACAAUACAACCAGAAACAAAAUGAUAUAAUUGAUAACACAGGGUGUUACUAUUUAAUUUAUUUAUAAAUUUAAUUGGCCUCUCUCAAUUUUAGAAAUCCAAUUAGCUCUCUACUUUGAUAUUUAUAUAUGUUAAAUACCUUUACAUAUCGUUUUGUUAUUGUUUUUAAACUCAAAAAUGCUCUCUACGCUUUGCAUUUCUCAAGGUUUUUAUUUUUGAGAAAUUUAAAAAUGGUAUUAUAUUAAUUAUUAUUAUUAUUAUUAUUAUUAUAUUAUUAUUAUUAAUAUUAUUAUUAUUAUGUAUUGAGGGGCGGAAGAAAUUAUUGAUGUGUUAAUUAUCAACACCAACGUAUUCACUUACGUCUUUACCGUCUUGAUCACCUGAUUCCGAGCUAAUUGGCCCGUGGUGCGAAGCGUCCAGUUAUUAUUAAUUAAUUAAUUGAUUAAUUAAUAAUAAUACAUUGUUGAUAUUAAAAUUACAGUAUUAUACUCGUCGGUUAUUAAAGUCGCGUUGGAUAUUGCAAUUGUUUAAAGCUUAUGUAUGUAUUUACAAUCACAUAGAUAAACAUGAAUAGAUAUUUUUGUACGAAAUAUUUCUAUACACUAGUACUUGUAACUAAAAAACUAAAAUUAUAUAUAUACACUGUAAAAAAUUUGCGGAUUGAGCGCAGAUUGAAUUCGGAGUGAAUGCAGAGUACGUGACUGUGUAUUUAUUUAAUUUGUAUACUUAGGAGUAAAAUUCACUCCAAAGGGGGGUUUAUUUUAAUAUUAAAACUCCGAAUCGAAUUGAAUGCGAAUUUAAAUAAAUUCCAGUUUACUCCAAAAUCACUCCACUGAAAAAACAAACUCUCAAUUUACUCCGUAUGCGGAAUAAUUAUUUUCUCAAACUCCAGAACUCCGAAUUCACUCCCGAUUUUUUAUUCUGUACAAGCGCGCAAAUUACUAAAUUCAUUGAUAUUUUUAAAAAUAGUAUAACGGUUUUAAAAAAUUUUUUUUAUUUAAAAUGACACUAGAUCUGAUUUAAAUUUACCGGUUGAGUAAUUCUUAUAUUUACUUUACACGACAAAAUAUGUAUAUUUAUAUAUUUAUAUUAAAUUGUUAGCGAGAUUUUAAAACUUUCGUUUUGUUCCACGGGCUUUUUAGUUGAGCUAUUAUUAAUUUAUAUAUUGUCAACCAACAUAAUACUCUUAUUUUUAAUAAACGGCGUUAUAUAUUUAAAACAAAAAAAAAUACUUCUUAAAUUUAAUUAUUACGAAUUAUUCAGUAUAAUUAGCGAUUUAAUAACUAGUUUUCAUUGUUUUUGGCUUUAAAUAAUAAUCGCAGUAUACAUUGCACUCGUAAACAAAAAAAAAUAAUUAUUAUUAACAAAAAUGUAAAUCAAAGUAUGGUAAUUAUUAUUUAUUUUAAAUAUUUGUCAAUACUCAACUUUUUUUUUUAUUUUUUCAAUUUAAAUAUUUCCAUACUUUGUAUUGUAUUAAUUCAGAUUAUGUAACACGGAGAAUUUACUUACGUAUAAUUUUUAGGCAUUAAGACAAAAAAAAAGAGAGAGAGAGAGAUAAUUAAAAAUAAUUUUUAUACGCUAACUUUUUGCGAAUACGCUAGUGUUAAUACUCGAAAGAGAGAUAAUAAGAGAGAAAUAAAAUCUAUUUUUUAUUUUAUAAAUGUUUAAAAAGAAAAAGAAAAAAAAAACAUCACUACGAUAAAUCAUUUGCAAGACAAAUGUCAAAUAUUUUAUUUACUGUACUUAAAAAAAUAUUUACACGCAUCGGCGUUAUUUACUCAUCGCUAAGCAAUAAUUAUCCAUGACAUGGUUCAAUAGUAACCUGACGAUACUUACAAAAAAAAAUUAUUAAUAAUAAUAAUAAUACAUAAAUAAUUACAAUAAAUAAAUUACAAAUGAUAAUAAUAAUGUAAUAAAGAUGGCCAGAUAAAAAUGCAGGAAUUAAAAUAAUCGCUUUAUACUCUGGAAGUUAAUAAUAAGUAAAAACUACUCCAGUCAAUCGUAUUUUAAAUCAGAAAUAAUUAUUCGUCAACUGUCCUCUUGCUUUUAAAUUUAAUUAUUUUUUUUUAUUAAUUAUAUUUUUCUUAAAUUUGUACAGUUUACAAAUGAUAACUAUUAAUUUUAUUUUAUAUUUUUGUUCAAGUAGUACAUAAACUAAACUGAACUUGGAAAAAAAAUAAUAAUAAUUAUAUUAAAAAAAAAAAAAAACAAAAAAAAAAAAGAAACUAUGGCCAGUGCAUUUACACUCAUGUAUUGUUAUAACUAAUACGUCAUAUACCUAAAUAACUUUGCCAAAAAUAGUUUUAGUCUCUUUGUAACAUAGAUAUAGUUAAGGGCAUCAAAUUUUCUUCCAUUUACAUCUUAUCUACUUUCUCUACAAACUAUUUCAUUAAAAUUAUUAAGAGGACAGCGAAAUCGAAUAAUUUAAAUAUUGAAUGGAAAAUAUAAAAGUUAAUUAUACGAUAGACGGAGUUAAUUUAGUGGUAGUCGUUAUCCAUGGAGCCUUAUAACAAACAAAUAAAAUAUGUUUAUAUAUUGUAUAUGUAUACGUAUAUAUAUUAUACAUGAAUUUAUAUUCAUAUUAUAUACUGAAGAGAAACAAAUGAUAGUAUGAUAAAUCAGCCGCAAGGCAUACGUGACUAGAACAAAGUCAAUGAUAAUAAUGAUAAUGAUUAAUGAAGUGAGACAUGAAUUUUGUAAUGAAUUUUUUUUUAUUUUUAUUUUUAAUAAGUAAACUUGGAAAGGCAGCAGUUGCCUAUAUUAUUUUUCGGUACAUUAUAAUUUCUUACUGCUCAGUUGCCUACUGAAAUUUAUUUUCACGGUUCUAUUGCCUGCAUAAAUAUAAAAUAUGUAAUUCAAUUGCUAAAAAAAAUUAUUGCACUUAUUGCCUGUUUAAAAAUAAGUCAUGGUGUUCAAUUGAUUACUAUUUAAUUGUGUAUUAAAGAAAUAUCUAAUUAAUGUGGAAUAGGCUUCUGAUUUGAUUGCUGAGAAAAUUAAGUAAUUGUUGAAAUAUGAUAUGAGCGUGAAUUUAGCUGACAACUGUCAAUUUAAAAAAUUUUUGAGUAAAUAAAUAAAAUGUAAAGAAUAAAAAUUUAAAAAUGCGUACUUAAAUACUUCGAAAAUCAGUACGCGCAUUUUCUUAUUUAUUUAAAAUUUUUAAAUUGUAUCAUAUUUGCUAUACAUUCAAACUCAUAAAACAAUGAAUGUUUACGAUCGAUUACUUAAAAAAAAAACACGACUGAUCUGAAAAAUAUCAAAACCACAGUAAUCUUUACCAUAAUAACUGGAAAACUUGACAGUUUUCUAUCAUAAAUUAAUGACUUGAUCAGGUCUUUCUCGGCAGUGACUAUGAGAUUCAACUCAGUAUUUUAUUUUGGGUCGGAAGACUACCCUGGCUCUGAUAUUUUCCAGAUGAGCGGUGUUAUUUUUUUCUCAAUUGAUUGGUCUUGAAUAUUGAUAAUUUUUUCUCAACAAGUACUUGAUUUUCCCAGUAAAGUUAGAAGCUUAUCAACAUUGAUUAGGUAUUUUUUUGAUUUGGGUUCACAGUUUAAUUAAUUGAAGAACAUUAAAUAUUUUUAAGUAGAGAAUAGAACCGUAGAAAAUGAAUUUUAGUAGGCAACCGAGCGGUAAACAUUUAAAAUGUAUGAAAAAAUAUUGCAAGCAUUUGAUACUUAGCAAAAAAUGUGUAGGCAAUUGAUCCCUUCCCAGUAAAAUUAUAAAAAAAAAAAAAAGAAUUCAUUACUUCUUCGACUCGCGUAUAAAAUGUGAUUCUUCCAUUGUGCACUUCCUAUUUUAUAUAAAAGAAUAAUUAUUCGAUCGGAUCAACUAAGACACUCGUGACACUUUUUAUUAACUGAGAUAAAUAUAAAAAAAAAUACAGGAUAUUUUAUUAAAAAAUAGUUUUAUAAUAUUUUUAAAUAAUUGCGUUGAUCUGCUGAGGAUGUAAAAAUUUAUACACAACUGCGGCUUCUUAUUUUUUUUUUUUUAUUUUAUAUUGCACGAUACAAAGACCAAAUGGCUAUUUAUGUGUGACUUUGCCGAGAAAGGACAGUUAUUUUUUUAGGCAUUUCAUUAAUAUUAAUUAUUUUUUUUUUUUUUAAUUUAAUUUAAUUGAGAUUUUUUUGUCUGUAGAUUUCGCUCACUUUAGAUUGUUAUUCUAUAGUCUUUAGAAUGCAAUUAUUAUUAUUAUUAUUUUGAAAUUUUUGUCAAGCUUCUAAGUUUAACUUAAUAAUAAUUUUGUUUGAGCUCUCCAACUAAUGCUGAACUACUUAGAGAUUAUUUUUUAUAUAUUUAAUAACAUACCAUAAAUUGAUUGAGUAUUGCUAAUUUUUAUUAAUUAUUAUUAUUAUUUUAUUGAUAUUAUUAAUUAUAAUUAUAAAAAAAAAACAGUUACAGUAACAACAACAAGAUUGUAAUUAAUUAUUAAUUUAUAAGGACUAAUUACUCUGAUCGCCUAGAUUUGAUUGAUAAAAAAUUUGGCAAUUUUUUUUUUAGCGGAGGCUUCUAAUAGAUUUUUUUUACAUCAGUAUUCCACACCUUUAAUUUUAGUUUAUAAGUUUUUAUUCGAAACAAUACUUAAAUGAUUUAAUUUACUUAAUUUUAUUUAAUUAAUAAUUAUUAUUAUUAGUUUUUUUUUACAUCUGUUUUUACAGUCCCUCCGUUUUAUUAUUAUAAUAAUUAUUAUUAUUUUUUAUUAUUAUUUAAACAAUUAUAUGUAACUUAUUUGUGUCUGUUCGCACCAACAUUUGGCAGCAGCGACUGGCUUAAUUUAUUAUUUUACAUUAUGUAGAUUUUUUUUUUAAUUAAACAAAACUCAUUUCAUUGUACGUAUAUUUAAAAAUAAUUGCUGAUUAUUUUUCAUGAAUUUUUAUGAGUGUCAAUGUAGCAGGCAUCAGACAGAUUUUAAAUUAUAAAUAAAUAGAGUAAAUAAUUUAAAAAAUAAUAUUUAUAAAAAAUGCACUUAUUAAUAUUAAAAUUUUUUAAAUGCCCAUUUUUUAAAAUUUUAUCUUAUUAAUUAUUUACUCUAUUUAUUAAUAAUUUUAAAUUUGUCUAAUGUCUGUUACAUUCAAACUCAUGAAUUUUUGAUUAUUUGAAUUGAACAAAAAAAAAUGUUUUGAUUGAAAAAUGCUUGAUUACACGGUACGGAAUGCAUACAAAUUUAUUUUAUAUAAAAAAUAUUUAAAAAAGUAUAACGAGUGUAUGUAAUUUUUCCGUUCAAUUACAAAGCAACUGUACAGUUUAUAUUCUAUACUCAAAGACGAUUUAAAUUAAAUAUUUAUAAUAAAAAAAAAAUGUAUUUGUAAAUGAAAUUGUUAAAAAAAAUUGUAUAAAAAAAAAUCGAAUGCUUUGUAAUAAUUAUUCAGAACUGCUCAUGCAAGUGUUCCGUCCGUUAACGCGAGCUCCAGCGUUCGAUUUUUUUUUAACUGUCAGGAAAGUAAAACUAAGCGUUAUAUUAAAAAUAAAAAUUUAUAAAUAAAUUUACGCGUAGACAAUAUAUUUAAAAAUAUAUUAUUUGUAAUAUACGAUAAUGAUAUUGGAGAUAAAAAAUAUGACAAAAAAACUA